CAAUAGAGAAUAUUAAACAACAACUAAAGAGUAGCGGGGUUUAUACCAAUAAAGAAAUAGACGAUUAUAUUAAUAAUAAAGGUCUUUUUCUCAGUUUAAUCAAUAAAACUAUUGCUGAACUUAAAGAAGAUAUUGAAGAAAUUAUUAAAGAAAUAAAGAAAGAAUUAUUUGGUCCUCCGCCAGUCACGAUUGCUACAAUUUCUUCCCAGUAUCAUGAUUAUGAGAGAAUGCCCUACACUACUUUGGAAAAGGCCAAACCACAAAUUAUUGAAGAAAUUAAAUUCAAAAGGGCGGAAAAAGAACUAAUUAUGGCACUAAAAGCGGCGGAAAUAUGUCAGGAUAAUUACAUACAAAGUAACAUUGAGAGAUUAAAAAAAUUUACGACUUCCCCUGCCUCCUACCACCAACAGGCCUAUAAAAACAAAAAUUCCGAA